CCAAAAGACCACCCAAACGUUCCCUCCGUAGCCAUUUUGGCUCAAGCAUUUUGUAACACACCUUCACAUUCGUGCUUCAGCAUAUCACAGCACCCUCCUCGGUGCCAUGAAGCCGUCGGACACACCGGCGUUGUUCAUGUUGCUAGGCUGCGCAGGAGCCUUGCAUUUCGACAGGGCCGAGCCUCGCGCGGCGACCGCCACUGAUGCAGCUGCCACCUGGGAGAAGCAGGCGGCGCAGUCGACCCUGACAGUGGAAUACCUGAUUGUCGGCGGCGGCGGUGGCGGCGCUUCCGGAGGCGGCGGCGGCGGCGGUGUGCUCCAAGGGACGGGUCUGGUCAUGUCUGUCGACGAAGUCAUCACGGUUGGCGCCGGCGGUCUCGGAGGUUCGGGGGGCAGCGGCACCACUGCGGAGGCGACGAACGGAGGAGAUUCUUCGAUCGGCUCUCUGGUGGCAUAUGGCGGUGGCAAGGGUGCGGGGGGCAGUUCCAGGACUGCCUCCAGCGGAGGCUCAGGCGGUGGAGGCGCCUACGAUCUGCCGAGUGUUGCCUACGCGGCUGGGGUCGCGGGACAGGGCUACCGGGGUGGGCGCAGCGACAGGGGGGGGUACGGCGCAGGCGGUGGCGGCGGCGGUGCGGGCGGCGUUGGGAGCGACGCGCCCCAGCAGCACUACGGAGGAGAUGGUGGCGUUGGAGUGGCGUCGUCGAUUUCAGGCACCUCUACGUAUUACGGCGGAGGCGGUGGCGGUGGCGUGAACGCAAAUUGCGGUUGCACCACUUAUCCAGGAGGGGCCGGCGGCCUAGGGGGCGGCGGCGAUGGAAGCAGUUACGGCGGUGGUGGCGGCGCUUACUUCAAUGGCGAAGAUGGGCAGGCAAACACUGGCGGUGGUGGCGGCGGCACGGAUCCUGAGUCUUCCUUGGCUGGCAAUGGAGGGUCUGGCAUCGUGAUCAUCAGGUACCUGAGUUCCACCCCGUUGCUCCAAGGUGGCACAGUCACCACGAGCAAUGGCUACCAAAUUCAUACUUUCACAGCAACUGGAUCGCAGACCGUGGCAGUCGAGGCGGCAUGCGGUGCGUGGCGCUACUACAGGUACUAUGUCCCAGUCGCGAGUGCAAACCCACAGCAUCUGUGCAUCAAUGAGAUGCAGUACUUGUACGGUGGUAGCGUGCUCUCAACACCUGCAACUCACUGCGGCAGUGCACCGUGCGCUUUUGCUACUUCCGGAUUCUACUCGGAUUGGAGCCCCGAGAAAGCUUUCGAUCAAAGCAAUUAUGCAAUGUAUGGCAGUGGAUAUUGCAAUGAAGCCGGUGAUGGUUAUCCCCGAGGGGCUGGGUGGUUGGCGUACGACUUCGGAGUGCCGACACAAGUCGAUCGGGUCAAGAUUUGGUUUUGGAGAGGUGAUCACAGCGCGAGUGGGACGGCCUACAUGGAAGGCUCAAACGAUGCGGUCACAUGGACAACUUUGAAAACGAUUACAGACACUGAUUAUGCGACACUCGAUACGACCGUCGAUUGUGUUGCAUCGCCAAGUUCGGCGCCGACGCUGCUGAUGAAGCUGAGGGCGGGCUCCAAUACCUUCCAGUAUGACGCAAGCUAUUGGACCGACACUUCUGUGUUGAACGAAGCUGGCGGCGCUUCGGUCAGCGACUCUGACGACGAGGACGUCAAGAUGUCGGCAUUCAACACAGACCCGAUCUCCGCCCUGACGUUGUGCUACAAGACGCUGGACAACUGCUACACGUACGAGCUGGGCGCGACGUACACCAGCGCAAGCGCUCUCUUCAGCUCGGGAUUCAUCCGCAGCGAAAAUCUGGGUUAUGGCGCUGGAGCCGCCGACGCAGCGAAGCAGGCCUGGACAGAUCUGUUUUUGCCGCCGGGGACCCCGACCUGGUACGACGACUAUUGGAACGGGAACGGAGGCGGCAAUUGCAAUAUGCAGCGGCCAGGGAUCAACACCCAGUGCAAUGACAACAACUGGGCCCGCAUCGGGUACUGCGUGAACCUCCCUGACCAGAGCUGCCAGCCAUAUGAUACCAACGACGCCGACUCUCCUAUUGGGAUCGGGCUGAAGACGCAGAAUUGGCCCAACAAUGUCAAUGCCCCUUUCGGGGAAUACUUCAUACACGGCGCUGGUUCGUCUGGCGUGCAGCUCUUCCAACACCAAGCAUGGCUUUUCGCAGGAUCGGCUACCACCGCGGCUUCCCCAACGCCCUCUCCGACGCCCUUCCCGACGGCCUUCCCGACGCCCUACCCGACGCCCUUCCCGACGCCCUUCCCGACGCCCUACCCGACGGUUUUCCCAACGCCUUACCCCACGCCGAGCCCGACGCCCAGCCCAACGUAUCCUGUCGGUUGGCCGACGCCGCAUCCAACGUUUCCUCCAGGGGCUGCCAUGGCGGGCGGAGCCGGCGGAGCGGCUGCCACUGGCGACCCCCACCUGCAGAACGUUCACGGUGAGCGGUUCGAUUUAAUGCAGCCAGGCAAGCAUGUGUUGAUUAACAUCCCUCGAGGAGUGCGCCCUGAAGAGGCAUUGCUUCGAGUGCAGGCUGAUGCGCGCCGAAUGGGUAGCUCUUGCGCGGACAUGUACUUCGUCGGUGUCAAUGUUACGGGGUCUUUCGCAGAGGCAAGGCGAGCUGGAGGGUAUCGUUACGCCGUGUCGACACGUGCAGUCGAGACUCCAGAAUGGGUUGCUUUUGGGAAGGUUGAGCUGAAGGUUGUUCAAGGACACACGCAAAGUGGCAUCAGCUACUUGAACGUUUACGUGAAACAUUUGGGACGGGCAGGUUUUGCAGUCGGAGGCCUGCUGGGAGAGGACGACCACAACGACGUUAUGAUUCCUCCACCAGGUUGUACCCAUCAUGUGGGUCUUGUGGACGCUGAUCUGGGAGUGAACGGCAAGGGUCCUUCCGUGUCUUCGGUUGCAGUGGCAUAUUUUUGAUAAUAUCGCGCUUGCCGUGCAUGAUUAUUCGUGACAAUGCCAUGCUACAAACGGAGUUUCUGUUCCGGGGCAG